GACUUUUUGCCCAUCGUGUGCCAGCAAUGCGGCCACACAUUCUGUCAACACCAUGCCAGGCCUGAGGCACACGAAUGUGCGGCUACGGUCGCAAGUGCUCCAACACAGGCCCAAGCUCAAGGCCAAGCCAAGCUACAGCCACAGGAGCUGUGUGACAUGGGCGGGUGCAAACUACCGCGGGCAGCAGGCUUCUUCUGCCCACACUGCAAGCUCAGGCUAUGCGAGAGCCACCGAUUUCCAGACCAGCAUGGCUGUGCGGAAGCGCAGAAGCAGGCAGAGAUGCAACGGGCACAGAAGGAACACGCACGCAAAGUCAAGCAACAGCAGCAGGAGGCUCAACGCAAGGCGGCAUCUGUAUCUGCGCGCAAACUCAAGACGCGCACAAGCGUGUCCACGAAGAUUGUGCUGAUGAAAGCGCGUGGCCUGGCAAAACCGGUUCGCGCGGGAAUCCCGGCAGCGAAGCGGCGCCUCGUCCUCCUCGCCAUUGCCACAGCAGAGCCAGACGCACGUGGUGAUGGUGAUGGUGGUGAUGAUAAUGAUGGUGAUGGUGAUGAUGGUGAUGAUGAGUCGGUGCUGACCAGCAUCGCAUCACAGCUGCACUGUACGCACGUGCAUCCCUGCUUUGCACACGUCGACAGGUCCCUAGCGGAUGUGGUGGACGCGGCGCGGCCGCUGCUUGGUGGCGUCAGUGCAGACCGCGUGCGUGUGUUCGACAUCACCCCGCCCGCCAGCAGCGCGAAGGCGGGGCCGAAGACAGGCGGUGGGGUGCGGCCACAAGGCGAGGGCAAUCGUAGUGGUGGUGAUGGUGAUGGCCGCGGUGGUGGUGGUGGCGGCGGCGGUGGUGGUGAGGUGAGCGCACUGCCGAUUGCGACCAAAGUAGGGACGAGAGAGGAAGGGUGUGUGCUGCUGGCCACAGUGACUCCAGCGGCAGUGAGCAAGCUCACGCGUGAACAAGCGCGCACUCUGGGCGAAGAAGCACUGCACUGUCUCAUGCAUGCAAAGAAGAAGAAGAAGACCAGCAAGAAGGCAAAGGCGUGACGCUGGAUGUCAUGUCGUGGCAACAGCACAACACAACACAAUACAAGGUCAGGGCAACACAAGGCGCCUCUCGUCAUCUGACUGACUCAUUAAACGAAACGAAAGCA